GGCACGAACCCGGUGACCCACGUGUGGUAGGUCACAGUUCAGGGCGAUGGAGACGCUUCACCUAGUGGCUCCCGGGGAUGUCAUAACGACCGACACUGGGUUCAUGAGGGGCCACGGUACGUACCAUUCCGACGACGGAAAGCUCGUAGCGUCGGUUGCUGGCGUCGUACAGAGGAUCAACAGGCUUAUAUCCGUCCGACCCCUGCAAUCACGGUAUGCAGGGGAGGUGGGUGACGUGGUGGUGGGGAGGAUCGUGGAGGUCCAACAGAAGAGGUGGAAGGUGGACACAUUCUCUCGACUGGAAUCGGUUCUCCUCCUCUCCUCCAUCAACCUCCCCGGAGGUGUCCUGCGAAGAAGGUCAGCUCAGGACGAACUAAUGAUGAGAACGUAUUUCACUGAAGGAGACCUCAUCAGUGCUGAGGUUCAACAGGUGUUCUCUGAUGGAUCGCUGUCCCUUCACACCCGCAGCUUGAAAUAUGGGAAGUUGAAGAAGGGCUGUCUCAUUACGGUGCCUCCGUCACUGGUGAAACGCUGCAAGAACCACUUCCACAACAUGCUCUGUGGGGCCAGUGUCAUUAUUGGGAACAAUGGGUAUGUGUGGAUCAGUUCGAUGGAGGUGGACCAAGAGGACCAGAUAUUGCUCAACCCCAGAGAUGAACCCGACACCACUCGUGAGAAAGACAUUGCCAUCACUCGCGAGGAGAGAGAGACAAUUGCCAGACUGAGGAACUGCAUCCAGGCUCUCGUGGCGAGGAAACUGACCCUCUUUGACACCAGCAUACAAUACACCUUCGAUGCUUCUCGUGGUUACGAGGUAAAAGAGCUUCUCAGAGAGGAUGUGAUGCAAGAAAUCACUGAACCAGCUAGAAACAUUGAUUAGUAGCAACUCUACACUGCAGUAAACCACAUCUCCAUACUUUACCUCAGAAAUACUGCUUGAGAUUUCAUUGCUGUAUGCCCACACGAUGUCAUGACAUAAUGCAACAACAUCAUCAUGACAUAAUGCAACGACAUCAUCAUCAUACAAUGCAACGACAUCAUCAUCACAUAAUGCAAUGACAUCAUCAUCACAUAUAGCCUUGUCCCACAUGCACAAGCGAUAAAUGCAUGUAAUCGUACACGUAGUAAGUGGGAUUAGGCCAACUUAUUAUGGUAUGGAGCACCAUUAUGAUAGUGUGUAUGUAUUACAUAAUAUUGGUAUGAUAUGGCACACGCUGUACAACUGUACACAACAUGCAUUGUGAGGCGAGACAGUUUAAAUUGGUUCCAAACAUGGGAAACUAUAGAAAGAUCGAGAUCUAGGAAUUGGGCGGAGUCAGGGGGCAACGCAUCACGUUUCCUCCUCCUCCUCCUCGUCCUCCGAUAACUCCACAAUCUCGUCCUACACC